AUGGAAUGGAGCAAUGCGGUGGAAGAGGUUACUACACCACUGCAGGGUCAAAGGCGAAAGCUGAGUUCUUGGCAAACGGGUUCCCUUGUGUCGGCACAAUCUGCCGGAUUGCACCUCACGCCUUCACUCAAUGUCGCCGCCAGUAUCCCGGAAAAACCAAAACGACCCAUGAACGCUUACAUAAGGUUUGUGCAAGGUAUCCGUUCUUCACUGGCAAGCGCAAAUCCCAACGCAUCCCCAACCGAUAUAUCGAAACUAGCUGCCGUCAAGUGGCAGUCGCUUGAUCAAGCAUCGAAAGCGAAAUAUGAGGAAGAGUACAAACGUGAGCAGGCAGUAUGGUUGCAGAAGAAUGCAAAAUAUCUUAGCCAGCUAACGGACGCUCAGAAGGAAGAGAUCAAGCACGAGCGGCAGCAGCGUAUCGAUGGAAAAAUGAAACGCGAACAAAAGCGUGCGCUAAAGGAACUGGGACGUCCGAAGCGUCCCAUGAACGGUUAUUUGCGAUUCUGUGCUCAGAACAAACCGGUGCUCGGUCUUUCGAAGGAGGACAAUAAGAUACAGAUGAAAAAUCUUGGCAUGCAGUGGAGACGGUUGACGGAUGCGGAAAAGGAACGGUAUAACAAGGAAGCGGAAGCGGACAUGAAACGCUACCAGGAGAAGAUGAAACAGUGGGAAGACAAAAUGUUGGCAGCGGAAAAUGUGGAUGCGGUGCGGAAGAAGAACGUACUGUUACCACCCUCACCGGCAUCCCUAAUGGCAAAGAAGGCGGGUAUGCCGGUUGUAGGAGGUGGUGGGUUGGUGCAAAAGCCAAAGAAGUCAGCUCCCACCGCAACCAAACGUCCAUAG